AUGUCGCGUGUCCCCCGACUUGUGCUGGAGGUGCUCAAGUCGCGUGCGACGCUCCGGGAUUCGAAACCGUACCUCUCCAUGUUUACGCAGCGACAGCCUACCCCACCAGUGCCUCGAUCUGCCGCCCAGGACCGUGCGGUGUUGCAUGACAAGGCACAAUCCAUGUCUGACUCACCUCCCUUGAGCCUUGCCACGGAUGCUACCAGCACAGCAGAUCGAACGUCUCGUACAGUGCCCUCACUAGAUAAAACAUAUACCGCGCUCGUCAAGCUACAAGGGCCAUUUUCUGAUCGUCAACUUGGGUCUAUCGCAGAGGGUUUGGUGUAUCUACAAAAAUUAGGGUUGAUGUGCGCCAUCGUCUUGGACCACGACUCGUGGCCACGUUCAUAUCCAGAAGCGCUGGAGGACGAAGACCUCCUUUCGUAUACCUCAUCAUCUCCCGAGACGUGUCGGGGUCUUCUAGAGGCAGGUCUGCGAAAACGCAUGGUCCAAGAGCUGUGGCGCGUAGCCGAUGCCUUGACGGAUGCCGGUGCUUCUUCGUGGCCUCAUACCGAUGCUGUCAUGUGUAUCUCGUCGCAUCUGUCGAACAUGCACCUGGUGGGCGAUGCUUCCUUGCACAAUGUAUAUCGGGCCUUACGAGGAGGCCACAUACCCAUCAUCAUGCCGAUGGCUCUAUACGAGCCACCGAACGAGCAUACGCUGCGGAAUGUAUGUGUAGAUGCGAAUCAGGUGAUGGUUUCGCUGUCGCGAGAAAUGUCGUCCGAGAACCAGACGGAAGAUCUCACGCCUCUUCGACUCAUGGUGAUCUCACGCGAAGGCGGUGUUCCGUCGCACGCGAGGAAUGGCCAUCCGCAUCUCAUGAUCAAUUUGGCAUCCGAGUACGAAUCCAUACGCGCGUCCUACAUCUGGAACGAAACGCAUCCCGCCGCGCUGAGCAACUUGACUAUGCUGCGCGACUGUUUGGCAUACAUGCCUCAUGUGGCCUCCGGCCUUAUGGCGUCGCAUCGAUCGCCACAGAGUCUCGUGGCUAACCUGAUCACCAACAAGGCCGCGUACUCGCCCAGCUUGCCACCGCGCUUACUCGCUGCGCGCCGGGAGAUGCGGCAUAUGCCGACGGUGGUGCGUGCCGGUAUGCCUGUCAGUGUGAUGACUCGGUGGCAAGACAUUGACUUGGGCCGGGUGCAAAAGGUUCUCGAGAGCAGCUUUCACCGCAAACUGGACGCCCCGGCGUACUUUGCUCGCCUAGAAAAAUGUCUCGACUUUAUGAUCGUGACAGGCGAUUACGAAGGCCUUGCCAUCGUGACGCGUGAAUAUGCGCCGGAUGAUCUGCCGCAUACGGAACCGAUCGCGUAUCUGGACAAAUUUGCCAUCCUGCCCUCGCUACAGGGCAGUGGCGCCGUCGACUUUUUGUGGAAUGCCUUGCGUGAUGAAGUGCAUGGCCUCGGCCUGCUCGAUGCUCUGAACAACAAUGGCGGCCACAACGGCAUCGGUCAAGGCCGGGAUCUGGUCUGGAAGAGCCGUGCGGCGAACAAAGUCAACCGCUGGUACUUUGAGCGCAGCAAUGGAUUCAUGACCCUGCCUGGUCCCCCGCCCCAUUGGUACCUAUUCUGGUGUGAUGCGGAAGACCGGCUGAAGCGGUAUGCUGGAGAGCCCGUCGUGUCCCCUGGUGCUCGGUUGGAUGACGUGUGGACCAAUGCGUCGGAGACGGCGCCGAUGCUUCCGAUUAUUGUGCCUGAGGAGCAGGGUCGGUGGGAUCGGUGGGCGCGAUGUCUCCAGCGCAUUCCCUCAGCAUGGAAAGCCUAG